AAAGCUUCGGGAGUGCGACAUCGCAGCCUGCGCUUGGUGCUAUAAUAGUGAAGUAAGAAUUACAUUAAAAAUGCUGCUGUUUCUCUGGUGGAUUGCCGGCUACAUAAUACUCGUAUCUGGGAGUACAGAAACACCCCUGUACCCGCUAGAUACCCAAAAUGUGGCAAAGUGUCUGGACUAUUGCCACCUGAAGAACUUGCGGUUUCUCCUCUGCGUGGACGCAGAUGGUCAGCUGUCCCACAACCCCUACAAGGACUGCAACCGAGGAUUCUGCAAGGCCGAGGACUUUGAACUGGAAUAUGAGUCGGAUGAUUCCUCCGAAACGCGUACCAAUCGUGUGGAGAAAACGAGAGUUGGCCAAAAGGCGAAUCUGAGAGAUCUUUGCCUGAACGAAAGGGGUAUUCCCAUCAGACGCAGGUGCCAAAUUCGAAAGGGGAAGAUAGUCUGGCAGAGCCUAGACCACAUAACCUGCAGAUCGGCCCCGGAACUGAGCUCAAGUAUAAACCUCCUGGCUGUGGAAAGUCCACCGGAUAUGAUUAGCCAGCUGAGUAACCUCCUAACUCAGUCGCAGGCAAAACUAGCCGCCGCGGAUGUCUUCAGUAUUUCGGAGAUAUUCGAUUCGCUUGUUAGGAAGCCGGAAAGAAAUGCUGAAGUGGUCGGCGAUUUGAUGAAGAUUUGCCAGAAAGUCAUGACCACGGAUAACGAGACUCUCCGUAUUUCAGCGGAUCUUAAUGCUACAAAUACGUUGCUAAGCAAUUUCGAGGAUUACCUCGAUGAACUGGGUUCACAACUAUUCCAAAGAAACACAAGCGCUAUCAACAACAGUACUGAGUUUAAGUUCCAAACAUAUUUUGACAUGGGUGUUGUGGUUCUAAGGACCAGCGAGCUGAGUGUGUUUUUUGUGGAUCCAGAAGUGAGGAAUAUUACUGGCAUGGCCAUAUACUCAAAUGGGAACUCCUCGGAUUUUAAAAGCCUUCAUUCGUAUGAUAGGGUGGCUGAUGUUAGGGCAAUUGAAAACCUGGAGACUGCCGUUUUUUUGCCAGAAAAACUGUGGAGGAAACUGAAGAAGAAGGGGGCCACUUAUUUGGUCUUUAAGGUGUACACUCGAGAUGCCCUUUUUGUGGAGACAGAAGAGGAAAUCAAACGAAGACCGACCAGCAAUGUUAUAUCCAUAACUAUUCCAGGCUUGGAAGAUACCCAACUUCCCGAGAAGUUACCGUUCUUCCUGCGCAAUGGGAGGGCGAAUCAAACCGAAUAUGAGGGUGGAUGUGGCUAUUGGAACUAUGCGACCUGGCUGAGUGAUGGAAUUUCCACCGACGGCAGUGGCAGCUCGCAUCCGGUGAUCCUCUGUCUGGCGGAUCACCUAACUCAGUUCACAUUUCUACUGGGCGUUAGCAAAAUGCAGACGGGUCUGGACACCUAUGAGGAUGAUCGCUCCUUGGAUAUUAUAACCAAUGUGUGCUUGACCCUAUCUCUCCUGGGACUCUUCCUCAUUUUCCUAACUGCAGCAGUUUUCAAGAGCUUUAGGAGCUUAGCCUCGACUAAGAUACUGCUGAACCUCUGUGCUGCCCUGUUCCUUCAGUUGUUAUUCUUCCUGAUCCUGAGUCAGAGUAAACUCCUGCAACUGCUGGAUCAAACCGAUUCCGAGAGAUGCACCCUAAUUGGAGCAUUGAUGCAGUACCUACUGUUGGUUGUCUUCAGCUGGAUGUUCAUCAUUGGCUUCCUGCAGUAUCAGAGAUACGUCAGGGUCAUUGGCGUCAACCACCCAAGACAUUAUAUACUAAUGUCGGCUAUAGUGGCCUGGACUCUGCCACUUGUGCCCACACUGUUGGUGGUUUUCCUGGAACCCGGUUCCUACAGACCCAGCAAUUCCUCGCUGGACACUCCUAUUCUGUGCUAUCCUUCUGGAUAUGGCUUGAGUCUGGGCGUGAUCCUUCCCAUUGGCGUGAUCACAGUGGCCAAUGCCAUAAUGGUGGGCUACAUCACCUGGAGUGUCUACAGAGCCCUCUUCACCCGGGAUCUAGUCCUAAAACAACUCGGCCUCUUCGUGCUGCUCUUCUUCCUGCUGGGCAUCACCUGGAUUUUUGGACUGUGUUCCUACUUUGACUUCGGCAGCAUCUUCGCCUACCUCUUCUGCCUCACAGCCACCCUGCAGGGAUUCGUCCUAUUCCUUUUCUUCAUAGUGUUCAACAAGGAAAACCAGAGGGCCUGGUUGGGUCUGUGCUGUAACUUGCGCCGGAAGAAAGACCAAGAAACCAUAGAAAUGCCCACGGACUCUAUUUUAAAACGCUCAAGCCAGUCAUCAACUCACAGUACCAGUAAAUAGGUGGUCGAAUUAAGUAAUGUAAGAGAAAUAGUUUGUAGAAUAAAUACCCCUAGGGUUUCAUUAAGCAAAACCCGUUAAUAAAUGAUUUAGUACCUACAAAAUUGAAAUGGAAAUUACGGUUCCGAAAGCUGUAAAUUAUUUUUAUUGAGCAAUACAAAAGCAGGAGACAAGUUUGUAAAAUACUUAAGAAGGUGCUAUUUUAUGAAAUAAAAAAAAUUAUCUGUACAA